AUGCUAGUGGCACCACUGCCACUGCAUUUCCUGUUGGCAGCAGAGAGCAAGCGAAACCGAGGCGCAGCGGGCAGAGGCCCUGCAGCGGCAGCUCCCGCCGGUGGCCGCGCCCUCCCGGGCCGAGGCUCCCGCACCUCGCGCGCGCGGGGCCCAACCGCCGUGGCGACCGCGGCCCGGGUGGGGGGGGAGGGUCACCGCGGGUCACCGCGCUCGGCCGGGUCGCGGGGCCCGGGGGGCGGCGGGCGCUGCGCGGCGAUGGCGGGGCGCGCUCGGCUCUGGCUGCUGGCCGGCCUCUGGGUGUGCGCGCUGGGCGGCCUCGGCGCCCCGGGGACCCCGCGGCCGUGCCGGGCGCCGCAGCAGUGGGAGGGCCGCCAGGUUGUGUUCCGGCAGAGCAGCGGCCGCAACAGCCGCGCCCUGCUCUCCUACGACGGCCUCAACCGGCGCGUGCGGGUGCUGGACGAGCGGAAGGCGCUGAUCCCCUGCAAGAGAUUAUUUGAAUAUAUUUUGCUCUAUGAGGAUGGAGUGAUGUUUCAGAUUGAACAAGCCACCAAGCAGUGCUCCAAGAUCACCCUGACGGAUCCCUGGGACCCUCUAGACAUUCCUCAGAAUUCCACGUUUGAGGACCAGUACUCCAUAGGAGGGCCCCAGGAGCAGAUCACGGUCCAAGAAUGGUCUGACAGAAAGUCAGCUAGAUCAUACGAAACCUGGAUUGGCAUUUACACAGUCAAGGAUUGUUACCCCGUCCAGGAAACCUUCACCAGAAAUUACAGUGUGCUGCUGUCCACGCGGUUCUUCGACAUCCAGCUGGGCAUUAAAGACCCCUCCGUGUUCACCCCGCCCAGCACCUGCCAGACGGCCCAGCCGGAGCCGAUGAGCGAGAACUGCUCCUGGCAGUAGGCCCGUGGGCGCCCCCACGGGGUUCGGGCUUUCGAGAAGUGACCACCUUGGCUCGAGAGAAGGAUCGUGAUGGGAGGAAGAUAAACCGUGAUCCGGGGUUCUUUGUAUAUAUGAUCCUGGCUUCUCAAGCGAUGUUGACGAAGGGGAUGGACAGCGGUGGGAAUGCGACUGGAAGAGACGGCAGACCCGGGGAUGCGCUGUCUGCGCUGGCAGGUGGAUCUGGGAGCGGGGGCACACGUGAGCUGGGGGGGGCAGGGUGGAGGGUUUCAUUACCUGAGUUGCCGAGAAUUGCUGCAUUGCUGCCACGUAGUGAUAAUAAAAUGCAGGACGAUUUUGCUCCCGUUUUAUGAUAAAUUUUUGAGUUCUCUGCAGACAGUGGCCUCUAUCUUGCCUGCAUCAGGGUGGCGGCCGCUCCCCUGCCCUGCUUCCUGCUCCCUUGACCCGUGACCAAGCGAUUCCUUAAAAACCCCUUCCAGCUUUGUGGCAUGACCCGAUUGAUAAAAAUCUGGGGAGGAGAUGAAAGGCUCUGACACAAAGCAAUUACACAAGAGGGUUUGAAAAUCCUCACGUGUGUAUCUGGGUAAGCGUGGGCCACGUGUGCUUCCUUUUGUCUACGCAAGAGUAUUGAUGGAUGUGCUGAAUCAUCCUAUAUUUGUCAGGAGACCUCGAAAGACAGCUAGUGUUCUAAAAACAGCGUUGAACUGGGGGUCAGGGGACUGAUGUCUUCAGAAUCCGGGCCUGCAAUGCCUUUGUACUUGAACUCCUCCCAGUAACUACAUGCACUCUGCUUGCCCUCGUGGGGUUCCUCGCGGGGGCCCUGUUUCCGCAGCCUCUUUGCGCCACUUCUGCUCAUCCUUCCCGGGUCAGCUCACGCUUGACCUUCAGAGAGCUGCUGCUGGCCGGGUUGGGUGCGCCCUGUAGCUUCUCGCCUGCUUCCUGGGCAGCAUCGCCCACCAGCCUGGCUGUGAGCUCCUUGAUACGGGUCACCACGUUCUGUACUUCUGUACUUUUUCUCUGCCCAGCACCAAGUAAGUGCCUGGCACAUGGUCAGUGCCCUAAGCAUGUGUAGAGUGGAGAAUGCCAGCCUGUCUGGUCACUGGAUUCCUCAUCUAUUCAAGGGUUGGGUUUGCUGACCUCUUGGGAAUAAAAUGUAUUAUUUUGGGUUCUUCUCCUACUGUGUUUCAUCUGGCUAUGACGCUGAAAACAGUCUGUAUUACUCCUGGUUUAUUUCAAUAAACAAGUUUAAUUGCA